AUGAAGCCGUGGACGAUAGAAAGCAAAACUGUUGAAGGUAGUCUAAUAUAUGACGAUAUAGAGUCCUUAGGAAUUGGAUCUCUGUGUCGAUACAAAGUGAUUGUUGAAAAGGGGGAGAUAGAGGGAGCAGAAAAUGAGGAGCUCACCAAGCUUUUUUUGAGGGUGAAAAACAAAGAGAGUCCGUUACUUCGACCGGUUUAUUUGACAGGGCCUUAUGCAUGUUACGUCGAUGUAAGGCCCUAUAACUAUGAUGAAGACCAUACAUUUGAUAAAAAUGAGCCCAUUCAGUUUACCAGUGACUUAAGACCGGACGAGCAUUUCAAGGCUGAUCUGUGGCUCAAUGAGAACUCUAGAAUGGAGGAUGGUCGCUAUUCCUGGACGAUAGAUGUUAUUUCACAGGUUAGUGUUAGCAGUGUUCCAAAAGUUGAGUACCAACUAAAGAUCGGUACUACAAAGGCAGCUACAAAACAUAUCAAAAAAGUUACGAAAUCCUUUAAAGGUGUGGUAGUGGAGAGAUGGGACACACGGAAGCUGUGGAAUUUACCACCAAAAUUUCCGCAUAAACCGGUGCAUUUAGUAAUUUUAACGCACGGCAUAUUUGCUAAUGUUGGAUGUGACAUGUUGUACAUGAAAGAUAAGAUCGAGGAAAAGGCAUUUACACUACCGGAGGAAAUUAAUCCAAACGUAGUGGUUAGAGGAUGCAUGGAUAACAUGGGAAAGUCUGCUCGCGGAAUCAGAUAUCUCGGAAUACGAGUUGCAAAGUAUAUAUUGCGUACUUUGGACGAAUUAAAUGAGGAUUAUAAAGUGGAUAAACUAUCUGUCAUUGGUCAUUCAUUGGGUGGUCCUGUUCAAGCAAUGGCAAUACAUUAUAUUUCAGUAAAGAGACCGGAUGUUUUUGAUCCAGCAACGGGUGUGAAGCCCAUCAAUUUUAUUGCGUGUGCUAGUCCGUUUCUUGGUGUAGUAGGUGAUUUUCCAUUAUAUGUAUCUUUGGCUUUAGAUGUUGGUGCGCUGGGGUUGACUGGAAGAGAUCUUACAUUGCGACAUACACCCCUUAUAUCUACAGAUGGGAUUGUCGCAGAUAAAGAUGAGAGGCCGCUUCAUAAGUUCAUAUUAGAGGCACUUCCACAAUCGCCCGCUUUAGAAGUGUUUCAAAAAUUUGUACACAGGACAGUAUAUGCCAAUGUCCUUCACGACGGGAUUGUUCCAUUAAGAACUGCGGCUCUGUUAUAUCUGGAUUGGGGUAGUUUGGCUAAAGUGCAUGAUAUUCGUAAAAAACAGUCACUUGCGGCAUCAGAUGGCUUAAAUACUCCGAUUGACGCAUCAUCCUCUGAUGAUUUGAAGAGCGAUGAGAAACAUAACGCAAUUGGAGAGAUUCCAAUUGAGGGAAUGGAAAAAAAGGCUGCGUUGCAAUGGAUUAUGCCACAAGUAUUAAAUAAAGGCAAAAAAUUCAGCAAAUAUGAGAGAACGCAAACAAGAGAUUUUGAUUCGGAUUCAUCCGAAAGCGACAAUGGUUCGAAUAUUAAAAAAAGACUGUCUGAUAAUUCAAACUUUAAUCCACCACCAGAAGCUUCUACUUUCAUGGCUGCAAUAUCUGUUAUUGUAUCACCGGUACCGACUCAGGAAUAUUUGAAAAAUCCAGCGAUUAGAACAGACGCCAUUGUCCAUGAUAAAGUUUACCAUCCGAAUGAGUUGCCGCCACCACAUUACAAUGAUAGACCCUUUAUUAAAAAAGUUAUAUAUUUGAACGAAUCAAAUAAUAGAUGUCAGGAGCGCAUAGCAAGGGCUUGGCAGGAAAAGAUGUCAUGGCGAAAAGUUUUGGUUGACUUGAAACCAGAUUCUCAUAAUAAUAUUUGCGUGCGUAGGCGAUUCACCAAUUUAUUUGGUAAUGUUGCAGUAAAGAACUUGGUCGACAGUCAUUUUGGAGAGGAGGCAUGCCGGAAGUAUGCAGCGCUUUAG